AUCACCGCGCCCGGUGCACUGUGGGUAGGUGCCGGCCGUGCCUGUGCGCUGAGGUCUGCGGAGCGAGGCUGCGCGCCGAACAUGGCUGAGAAGCAGAAGCACGACGGGCGGGUGAAGAUUGGACACUAUGUGCUGGGGGACACGCUGGGCGUCGGCACCUUCGGCAAAGUGAAGAUUGGAGAACAUCAAUUGACAGGUCAUAAAGUGGCAGUUAAAAUAUUAAAUAGACAGAAGAUUCGCAGUUUAGAUGUUGUUGGAAAAAUAAAACGAGAAAUUCAGAAUCUGAAACUCUUUCGUCAUCCUCAUAUUAUCAAACUAUACCAGGUAAUCAGCACUCCAACAGACUUUUUUAUGGUAAUGGAGUAUGUGUCUGGAGGUGAAUUAUUUGACUACAUCUGUAAACAUGGACGGGUUGAAGAGAUGGAAGCCAGGAGGCUGUUCCAGCAGAUUUUAUCUGCUGUGGAUUAUUGUCAUAGGCAUAUGGUUGUUCAUCGAGACCUAAAACCAGAGAAUGUGCUAUUGGAUGCACAGAUGAAUGCCAAGAUAGCUGAUUUUGGAUUAUCUAAUAUGAUGUCAGAUGGAGAGUUUCUACGAACUAGUUGUGGAUCUCCAAAUUAUGCAGCACCUGAAGUCAUCUCAGGCAGGUUAUAUGCAGGCCCUGAAGUUGAUAUCUGGAGCUGUGGUGUCAUCUUGUAUGCCCUUCUGUGUGGCACCCUCCCAUUUGAUGAUGAGCACGUUCCUACACUGUUUAAGAAGAUCCGCGGGGGUGUGUUUUAUAUCCCGGAAUAUCUCAAUCGCUCAGUUGCCACUCUUCUGAUGCAUAUGCUGCAGGUUGACCCUCUGAAACGAGCAACUAUCAAAGACAUAAGAGAGCAUGAAUGGUUUAAACAAGAUUUACCCAAUUACUUAUUUCCUGAAGACCCCUCUUAUGAUGCUAACGUCAUUGAUGAUGAGGCUGUGAAAGAAGUGUGUGAAAAAUUUGAGUGUACAGAAUCAGAAGUAAUGAACAGUUUAUAUAGUGGUGACCCUCAGGACCAGCUUGCGGUGGCUUAUCAUCUUAUCAUUGACAAUCGGAGAAUAAUGAACCAAGCCAGUGAGUUCUACCUCGCCUCUAGUCCUCCAACUGGGUCUUUUAUGGAUGAUAGUGCCAUGCAUAUUCCCCCAGGCCUGAAACCUCAUCCAGAAAGGAUGCCACCCCUCAUAGCAGACAGUCCCAAAGCACGAUGCCCAUUGGAUGCACUGAAUACAACUAAGCCCAAAUCUUUAGCUGUGAAGAAGGCCAAGUGGCAUCUUGGAAUCCGAAGCCAGAGUAAACCAUACGACAUCAUGGCUGAAGUUUACCGAGCUAUGAAACAGCUGGAUUUUGAAUGGAAGGUAGUGAAUGCAUACCAUCUUCGUGUAAGAAGGAAAAAUCCAGUGACUGGCAAUUAUGUGAAAAUGAGCUUACAACUUUACCUGGUUGACAAUAGGAGCUAUCUUUUGGAUUUUAAGAGCAUUGAUGAUGAGGUGGUGGAGCAGAGGUCUGGUUCCUCAACACCUCAGCGUUCCUGUUCUGCUGCUGGUUUACACAGACCGAGAUCAAGUUUUGAUUCUACGACUGCGGAAAGCCAUUCGCUCUCUGGCUCCCUCACUGGCUCCUUGACUGGAAGCACAGUGUCUUCAGCAUCCCCUCGCCUGGGUAGUCACACCAUGGAUUUUUUUGAGAUGUGUGCCAGUCUCAUCACCACUUUAGCUCGUUGAUGAUCUGUUCCUGGUUUCUAUCUUUCUGUUACUGCACUGUGAAAAUAAGAUAUGUUCUUUAAAUUAUUACCUUCCAGAUGUCACAUACUCUGCAGUAGUAAUUGAGAGAUAUAAAUAUUACCAGAGGAAAUGCAAUACCAUUGAAACUACUGAAAACAAAAAGCCUGACAUUUAAUUUUCUUUUAGAACUCUCAUUCUGUUGUGCCUCUCAUAAGGUCACGUAGGCAGUGUUUUUAUUGGGUGGACAAUGAUGAAGGUUGUUAAUUUACAAUUGUGAAUUCACUAAAGAUGAUGAGUAGACCUCACUGGUGAGUAAGCUAAUUUAGUACUUCCUUGUUCCACUAUUUAAUGUAGGUAAUUCCAGUUUAUUUCCUAAAUUUCAGCAGGUUGUAAGCCACGUUUUUGCUUCUAGUUUCAUUGCACAAGAAGAUUGAAAGACAAAAUAGUUACUACUAAGAUGUUUUUUAAAUGGUGAAAUCUUAAAAAGGUUACCCUCCUCCAAAAUUCAGAAACUCAGUUCUUUAACAGUGUUGGCAGAUACUGCCUACUGUUCACCAGAAGAGCUGUGGUCCUGUAACAGGUACCCAUGAUUUCCUUAAAAACAGUUUUAUCUUGAGAUUCCCAGACUAAUGCUCUUUCUCUUAAGAACCUUAGAGGUUCUAGUUAGUAUUGAAACAUCUGAAAUUGGAACACUUUCUGUCCUUUCCAUAAGCUUACGUAAUUUAAAAACAUUUUCAAGACCUAUCUUUUUCAAAUUCUUUUCCUGUCUUUUUACUUUUGCACAUUACCAGGAAUGGUAAAAUAGUAGACAGUUAAAUGAAAGAACUUGAAACAUCACCAGUCCCUUUUUGCCGGGGAUGUAGCUCAGUGGUUUUGCCGCCUGCUGCGCAAGCGCAAGGACCUGAGUUCGAUCUCCGGCACCAAAAAAACCCCAGAAAACCAAAAGAGAACUCUUUAUCUUUGAUUUUUUAUUUUGUGUGUAUGUGGUAAGGGGGAAUAAGGAAGUUAGAGUCCUGUUGGAUCUCACAAUGCUAAUUCUUCAUUUGAAAUUUAAGUUAUACCUGCCCUUUCCUUCUCCCACCUUUGCCUCUGACCAUUGUCUUUGUUCAUUGCCCUUCAGUGGCUGAUUACCUUAACUUUUGAUUGUUUUUGGUUCCCUUUCUUGGUUGUUAGCCAUUCAGUUUGAAAACAUGGUACUGGCCCUAAGGGUUUUUAUGCUUCCAAAGCUUGAUAGGCUGUGACCUUCACUCUUGAUCUUGAUAGGGUGAGGAAGCCUUAAACAUUUAAAAAUAUUGUCUCUUGAAUAAAUAUGUGUUGUUUACAUAUAUACAUGUAUGUAUUCAUACACCAGUGCUUUUAAUCCAAAAACACAUUUUUUUGUUUUGCUUUGUGCAAGGUUUUUUUUUUUAAAAAGAUUUAAAAAACCCGAACUGUAUGUAGCAUGGUAGGUAAUAGCUUAUUGAUUAUAUUUUGUUUUAGUAAAAGUAUUUAAUUUUUAAAUUAUAUAUAAUUUAUCUAAUUUGUAUUUAUUCAUUUAUUGUAUUUAUGUUGUAAUUAACAAUCUCAUUCACCCAACUUAUCCUAUGAAAUAUUAAGCUCUUGAAAACAAAAAAAAAAAGACAUUGCCUUGACAGGUUUCUCUUUGCCAAAAAUAAUGUAUUUUCUACAAAGAAACAAAUGAAAAUGCUGGACCACGUUUUUUUAUGUUUCUAGAAGGUAAGUAUGUUUAUCUCUAAAGAUCAUUUGAGUCAGGAGUUUUCAUUGUGUCACUUCAAAUUGUUUUGUAGAUCUUUUAAAAUAUGAUUGAUAUUCUAAGUCCAGCUUCUUAAUAUCAAUAUAAAAAAUUUUUUUUCUUGAAUUUGGGGGAUGGGGUUUGUGUGCUGAGAUGGUAGUUUAAGGUUUAACUUUUGAAAGAUUGCCAUCUUGUGGCCCGAGAGGGUAAUUUUUUUAGUAAUUAAUUUGGUAGGAUAAAUAGUCCUGCUAAGUCAGACGUGCAUUGUCUGUAUAGCAUAAUCUUGGCUUCUCCAGUGUGUGUGUAUCUUUUUUGGGCAAGAUCAUUUCAUAAUAUUUCCCCAGCUGAAUGGGAUAACUUCAGAAAUAAGGAACGAAUAAGAUUCUUUGUAGGCAAUGAAAAAUCCAAAGCUACUUUGUAGGCCAAGAAAUAGAAACAUUUUAACUAAUUUUAUUAGUGUAGUAAAUCAGAUAUUGGAAAGUUUUUUUUUUUUUUUGAUAUUAGAAUGUUUUUUGAGUUAAAAAAAUGUAUUUGCUAUUUUCUUUUCUUUUUUUAAUCCUGGUACUGGGGAUCGAACUCAGGACCUUGUGCUUACAAGGCAGGCAUGGUGCCACUGAGCUAAAUCCCCGGCCCCUGCUGUUUUCUUAUUCUUGCCAGUAUUUUUGAGCAUCCACUCAGUUUGAUAGUUACCUGUUGAAUUUUAGGGGACCUGCGGGUCAUAGUUUUGAUUCUUUUCUGUGAAUGUAGGUGGUAUAAAACUUAAUUUGCAGAAAUUUCAGGAGACUCAGUCUAAUAUAUUAAAGACUAGAAACAUAAUAAACAGGCUUUUUGUUCCUUGUGGGCACAGAAGGAAAGAAUCUGCUGCUAAUCACAGAUUCCCACAUUUUAGGCUUGUGAACUGGUUAACUGUGGAUGUGGUGCGUAGGCCUGGGCUGAGAGAAAUUUCUCCCAGUUGGAUGACUGUUGUUGUGUUACAGAUGUGUCUUAUCUGUGCCAUGCAAAUGGACUUCUUUGGUUCUAGGACAGCAUUUCCCAAGUAAACAGAUUCUGUGCAGUAAGUUUGGAAAAUAUCCUACUUUUCCCCCUUAGGAUGACAGUGAGAGAAAUAUUGAAGACUUUGACAAAUCCUUUCACAUAAAAAAGAAAACCAUAUAAUUUUGUUUAACCCUGCUUUGCCCAAAUUAAUUUGCUAUUUUAAAAAACUUAUCCCGUGGAACAAAACAAAGCUUGGAAAAUGCUUUGUUAGGAAAGCUUUUGGAUCAGGUUAUCAUAAUUAAGGUAGUUAAGAACAAAAUUAAGACAGUACUGUUUUUUCCCUUAUCAGUUAUUGGGGAGAACCUGGUUCAGAUUCACAAUCUUCUAUUUUAACUCCUAGACAGGUAGAGUGCAGGACUAAGAAUUUUUUAUCUGCAACUUGUUUUGUAAAACACUGCUUUUCUCAGUCAGGUUGUGGUGGUGUUUGGGAGCAACAUUUAUUUUUUGUAUUAAUGGAUGACUGAAAACUCUUAAACAAGAUUACUUGUGAAGAAAAGACUAAGGGACUACUAAACCAUGAGCCAAUAUGACUGAUGCUUUCAAAAUGUGUAGUCAGUGAAUAUCUGAACACUUUUGUUUAGGAUGCCGUAUGUAAAGCUCAUUGUCUUUCACUUUAGGAAGAGACACUCAAAUAUGCAGGGAGAGAGGGAGGUGAACUAUUUACAAGUUAUUUUUUGUUGUAAUCAACAGAAGUUUUAAGAGACAUUUCUGUAAAUUCUAGUGCUUGCAUUGAUAUUAGCCACCAGUAGACAGAUUCCAGGAGUCUGGAAUUAUUCAAAUUCCAGUAGUUUGAAAUAAGUUUUUCUGUGUCAGGGAGCUGGUGAUUUGUAACACAGACAGUUCUCCAUUUUCCGCAGAUACUUCAAAAAAUAGUUACAAAUGCUUUCUUUUAUUCUCUAGCCAAUUUGUACUUAGGGAACACAAAUUAAUUUUUAGGAUUGAGGCAUAAUGUAGAAAAUAAUCAUUCCAAAUUUGGGGACUACUUUUAUCUGUAACAUCUACUGAUGUGCAGUACACUGAAUUAAUAUAGGCACUACUCCUCUUUAUAAGGUGUAAAAGCCUGGGACAUGCCUACCAAAGACACUGCAUCUUUGUCUAUUCACUGGCUAAUAAUUUAAAUCCCAAUAGUAGCAGCAAGAUCUUUGUAUCUAAGUGCUAGAUAUGUUCAUAGUUUUGUCUGUUUUUGUUUUUAAACACCCAGAUCUGUCAUCACUUUUACCUUGUCCUCUUGUCACCCCUUGGCUUUUUAAGUGGGGAAUGUGACUUAAUGUAGUUCUCAGACUCGGUGACUAACUCUGCAUGAGGGAUAUGUACAGUCUGCUGAUAAGUCACAUCCUGUGUUGCGCCUCAUUUCUGUGACCCUAAAAUGAGAGGGAUAGAGUAAAAGACCUCUAAGGCACCUCUGAGCUUUAAAGAUUUUGCAUUUUCUACCUUUGCAUGUGCUUUGUGUUAACGUUCACUUUCUGUAUAUUUAGAGUUUUUAUACUAGCAUGAAUGUUCUAUUUUGGUUCAGUGAGGCAUUUUGAUGAUGUAUACUUGAAAAUUUUUCUAAAUACAGCGGCCCCCUGGAAUGCAAAUGGCAGAAAUCAUCCAGAAACCAGACACGUUAAAAUAUCAUCAUGACUUGGCAUAAGGCAAAAGGUAACUAAUUGUAGCAAUGGAAGUGCUCCACACAUGUAGAUUCAGGGAGCCACUUUGUUAACUAUUACAGUAACCUUGGAGGUAACCAAAAAAGUACAUUUUGCAACUUUCCAGAUGAGGAAACAGCAUCACAAAGUUGUUUAUAAAGCUUUAAUCCCAUACAGUUAUUCAGUGGCAAUCAGUUGCUCUUCAGAGUGCACCACCUUCUAGGGCAGAGCACUCUGAAUAAACAUCUGAGUAGUCAAGUAAUUAAAAAACAUAGAUGGAUUGCUUUAAAAUCUUUGACAAAAUAGUCUUAACUAAAUAUUUCUUAGUUUAAUUAUAUGAACCAGUUGAUUGUACUAACUAGAUGUAAUUAUCUGAUUUAUGAUUAGCAUGUUGAUUUUUUAAUAAGUAUUUCUAAGUUAUUGAGGGUGCUUAAAAAAACUAAAGAACUUUUAGGACAUAAUUCUUCCUGUAAUUUUGUGUGAUUCUUAUAGCAGUCUCUUAAAAAAGAAAAAUUAGUCUCAGUCCUUAUCUAAAUUAUCAUAGUUUUUGACUGUUAUCUGAAAAUUAGGCUUAUCCAAAUUUCGUAAACAGAUUGGUAAUUGUUUCUUUUGAAUGCAUAUUAGAUGAUACAACACUUUUCAAGAGUAUGUUUCUCUUUAUGAAGUACCUAAUUGUUAUUGGGUUGAUAAAGAUUCUCCCAAACCUUAAAACUAUGAAUUGGAACUUAAGUUUGAUGAGCUUUGAAAUUUCUGUAAACCUUUAACAAGUUGUUGGCAUCCUUACUGGCCCUUCCCACAUGGAAUUAUGAUGCAUUUGAUGUCGCGGAACUGUAAUAGCAUGAAAGACAGGACCCAUCGUCUGGACAGGAUUAGGUUUUAAUUAAACUUCUUCAGCCAUAGCCUGAUAAGAAUCAGGCUGAGUCUUGAAGUUCUCAGAUUGUGGGCCUUUGUGACUGUUGUGAGCCAGUGUUAAUGUUUACUACCAUCCUUGCAUAGUAGCAGUGCCAGUAAGCCUUUACUUUCGGUGACAGUGAUUUAUAUUUAAAGCAGUUUGGAUUUUAUGGAUGUAGCUCAUGAUUAUUUGAACAAGUAGGCCAGGUAAAUUUUAUGUUUAAAGUGCAAUUAAGGAACUCAGAGAAUUCUUUCUAGGAAAAAGGGUUAAGUAUUUGUAGAAUAUUCUGGCAUGAAAACAUUUUGAACAUUCAUAGAGUUUUGACAAGAUUUAUAUAAUGUGAUUUUUUAAAAUUCAAAUUUACUGUGUAUUUAAGUUUUUGAGGAACAGAAAAUUCUAGGCAAGGAGAAUUGGAUAAUUUUUUUUUUCUGCUAACCAUACAUUUGUCAGUUGAAAGUUCCUUUUAAGUUUUCUUUUUCAACCCCCUUCCCCCCCAAAAAAGCCAUUUUUCUAGAGAGGUAGCAUUUUCUUAAAAUGGAAAAAGAGAAAUAGAUCUACUGCUCUAAAAAAGAAACAACUCCACUAAAUUGUGCCUUCUCUUAAAUUAUAGGAAGAAUAAUAGUAAAAUUGUUUUAACUUUUUUUACCCCAUUCCUUCUCAUUUUCCCUUCACAACUAAUCCCGUUGCUUCUGCCUGUUUGGUUUCAAAUUGCUUUGGCCAAACCUCGCACUGUCAACAGCUGAAAGAUGUUCACUAAAUGUAUUUUCUGUUUAUUAUGUUGUUUCAUAUAAGUCACCUUGGUAAAUAUUUGGCUGCUUUUCCAUGCUUUUAAAAGGAAUGCAACGAAUCUUUGUAUUUUAAAAGUUUGGAAAGGUAAGAGUUAAUGCAGAGCUAAUCUAAUUGGAAUCUGAUUCCUUUGACUGCUAUAGCAGUACAAGUCAUAUCCUCAUUCAGUUUUCUCUUGUACAAAAUGUGGAUAAUAACCUACCUCACAGGUGUGUGUGAGAAAUGGAAGACCCUUGUUUAAAUACAAGGUUUAUACCCCCCCCCAUUUAAUGUAUAUCCUUUUUAAAAUAGAUAUCUUUGAUACUGAUAGAUUGAGUAUCUUGACUUUUCGGUGAGUUUUAUGAGGUAAGAAAAUAGUCCCAAGAACUAUUAAGAUCAGUUUCAUAAAUUCUGGUGUUUUGAGAUACUUAAAAUUUCUUGAAAACAUCAAUUAGAAUAUUAACUUGCCUUUUGUUCCACCAAAUAUUCUUAUUCAAAACUUUUUAAAAUGUUGGCUGAAGCUGCCUUAAUGUACCAAAAUAACAGUUGUCAAGACUGUUCAAUCAUAUAUGGUUGUACCCUGUUUUCAGUAUUUAAAUGUGAAGUUGUUAUAGAGCUACAAACUCAAAUGAUAGUAUCUUGAUACUGCUUUAGGAAGAAUGGUCAUGUUCUUUAUCAUGUGUGCUCAAAUACUAUACAGUGGAUUUCAAGUGUGACAAAACUGAAAGUUGACAACUAUUAGGUUAUGUCUAUGACAAUCAAUAUAUGAUUGGAUAGUAAUUACUCAGUUUUUUCCCCAAGACCAUCAUGCAUUCAUUCUGUUUUGGUCCAUUUCUGAAAAAACAAAACUAUAGGUUGAUACAUUAUCCCAUUGGAGCACUGGACUAUAUCUCAAUUUUAAAAUGUUUAUUGAAAUCAGGACCACUGAUUUCAGAAAAAAAAAAAAAAGACUUCCAGUGCUUUGAUAACUGUAGACUCAAAUUUCAGUUUUGUUUGUUACAUGUUUUUUUGUGACUGUUACAUGAUCAGUGAGAAGGACCAUCUUCCAGUAACUAUGUGAAAAAUGUCUUCUUGAAUUACACAGCAUUUCGUAGUUAUGGGUUCUGUCUGUGGAACUCAUAGGAAGCCACACAAAUGAGAAAGGCCUGAUUGCUUAUAAGCUUUUUUCACAAAAUCAAAUUAAAGUCUGGUUAAUUUAAAA